UAAGGUUGCCUCACAUGAAAUAUAAUAUUACACUAUUAAAGGGUCAGAAAGACAGACCGAGGAUGUCAUCCAAAGAUGAGAAAGCAACUCUUGCCUUGAGAAGACAGAUUUGCAUGCAGGAGAAUAUACUUGAUGAAGUUAAGCAGGUCUUUGUCAAGGAAACUAAGUCAUCAGAUAAAACAGGCUAUAACAAGAAACAUCUGGAGCUGUGUACACCUUACCUUCUCAAAUGUGCAGAAAUCUGCUGGUCAAUGGUUAUUCAUGAUCCUCCAUUGUACAUCAAAUUUGAUGCGAAAGCUGGAGACAAACUAGAUCUCAACUUUUACACAGUGUAUGCAUCAACAGGAGAGAAGAUAGACUUUUUGGUUUGGCCACCACUAUUUAAUGAAGAAAAAGGCGGGUUGUUAUCCAAAGGGGUUGCAGAACCUUUAAAGAUAAUAAAGAAGUAAACAGAUGCCACGAUCUACUUACAUGGUCUCUUUAUGCAAGAGCAUGUUAAUCAAAUGUGCAUUGAAUUUUCUUUGAUUUGUAUGCCCCCUGUGUCGAAGAUCAGAGAGGUAUACAGUGUUUGAAUUGUUUGUCCGUCAGUCUGUCACAAUUUCUUGUGUACAGUUGCCACCCAAUUCAAAUGAAACUUAUCAAUGGUCAACAUGAAAUGGACAUAAACACAUGUGAACUUUCAUGUUUGUUUUUUAUUUUGACCCUGUUUUGACUUAGAAAUAUAACAGUUGCUUUAGAAAUAUAACAGUUGCUUUGGAACAUUGUGUACUUAACUACUCGUACAAAAACCACCCAAUUGAAAUGAAACUUGGUAUUCACAAUCGAUACACAUUGGACUUGUGCAUGUUUUGGGGAAUUUUAUGUCUGAUUAAUUUUUCUGGAGUAUUAAUACGGACCUUUUUAUUUUUAAAUAUUACAACUACAUCGGAACAUUGUGUACACAACUCCUUCAGUUUCCAUCCAGAUGAAAUGAAACUUAGUAUAUGUCAUCAACAUGAAGAGGACAUUUGUAUAUAUUUGGGAAUUUCAUGUCCAUUUAAUUUUUCAUGAGUUACGGCCCUUAUUGGACUUUUAUUAUUGAAAUUUAAUAACUACAUGUACAUGUACUCAACUUGAACAACUUGAAGAUGACAAUCUCAUAUUAUCCAGUCUUUCAUGUCCACUUAUUUUUGUUCUGGAGUUAGGUCGUACUAUGGACUUUGUUUAUAAUUUUUUCAAGCAUUUCAGGGCAUGUGUCAUAUAAUGUUGACAGAUUUCAUGUUGUUUUGUUAUAUGAGCAUUUAACCAAGGUUUUUAUGUAAAAAAAUAAUUAUGAAAGCUUACAGUUAGUGACAAACUAUGAUUUUUGUAGAAAAUGUAAAGAAUGGGAAAUAGAUGAAACCUCAUGCACCAGAACUGACUACAUUCUGUACUGUGAGACGAUAUGAGGAAUGUAUUUCACUUACAAGUUAAAGUUUGAACAUUUACAAUCAGCCUUGAGUUAAUUGAUAACCACUGUAAAAAUCUUGUUAUUUGGAGGAUGAUUAUGUUUACCUGAAAUAAAUUACUGUUAAGUUAAAUAUUUUGGACAAGACAUCCCAAGAUAUGGAGUAAAACCAAUCCUUAUUAUACACAACCACAGUUUGAAUUAUAUGAAUUUGUAUAUCUGAUGUUUAGAAAUAAUAAAAGAUGUAAAAAACUCA